UCUCUCCUCUCUCUCUCUCUCUCUCUCUCUCUCUCUCUCUCUCUCUCUACAAACAGAGUCAUUGAUUCAUAUCUUAAGUUCUUGACCACCAUCAAUAAUGGCUGCUGCAAAACCUCAACUUUUGCAGCAGUUUGUGCUGUCUGCUUUUCUUCUCUGCCUCUGUUAUUCUGCAAAUGGGGUUCAGUGCUUUAAAGAGAAGAAGCUCCUCAAGCUGCAACAGUUUCGUUGGAGGCAGCAUGGUCGACAUGCUGGAACCACAACUACUGCUUGCCUCUCCCACAAAUCAAGAAGAGAAAAAGGUGCGGCCAUAUUGGAGAUAAAACACAGAGAUGGCUGCUCUGGAACUGGAAAGAUUGUGGACUGGAACAAAAAACAACAGAAACGUUUAGUUUUGGACGAUGUUCACGUUCGGACACUACAAUCCGGAUUCAAAAACAGGGUUUCCGGCGGCAUGAAAGAUGUAUCAGAUGCUCAAAUCCUGUUAACUUCCGGCGCUAGGCUACAAACACUGAACUACAUUGUAACCGUGGAACUGGGAGGAAGAAAUAUGACACUGAUUGUAGACACAGGCAGUGAUUUGACUUGGGUUCAAUGCCAGCCUUGCAAAUUGUGUUAUAAUCAACAAGAGCCUCUCUUCAAUCCUUCUGCAUCCUCUUCGUACAAAUCGGUUUUAUGCAACUCAUCGACUUGUCAGUCACUCCAGUUUGAUACCGGGAAUCCAGGGGCAUGCGGGAGCAACCCAAUGAGCUGUAACUAUGUCGUGAAAUAUGGUGAUGGCUCGUACACUCGCGGUGAGCUAGGUAGUGAUCGUCUCAGUCUUGGAACUGCGCCGGUGACCAAUUUUGUGUUUGGUUGUGGCAGAAAUAAUAAGGGUCUGUUUGGAGGAACUUCGGGUCUAAUGGGUUUGGGAAGGAGUGAAAGUGUCUCAGUGGUGUCUCAAACUUCUGCAUUAUUCGGAGGAGUUUUUUCCUACUGCUUACCUACAACAGAAUCCACAGCUUCUGGUUCUUUAAUUAUGGGGGGUGAUGCUUCAAUUUACAAGAACUCCACUCCUAUUUCUUACACUAGAAUGGUUAAUAAUCCACAGCUAUCAUCCUUCUAUUUUCUCAACCUUACUGGUAUAAGUAUCGGGGGAGUCGCUUUACAAGCUUCAAGUUUUGCAAGUGGUGGGAUUCUGAUUGAUUCUGGGACAGUUAUUUCAAGACUGCCUCCUUCAGUUUACAAGGCUGUCAAGACAGAGUUUUUGAAACAGUUUUCUGGGUACCCUACGGCACCAGGUUUUUCAAUCUUGGACACUUGCUUCAACCUGAGUGCAUAUCAGGAAGUGAACAUUCCUACCCUCAAGUUCCACUAUGAGGGAGAUACUGAGAUGAAUGUUGAUGUAACUGGAAUUUUCUAUCUCGUACAGACAGAUGGAUCCCAGAUCUGCUUGGCUCUAGCAAGUCUUUCGUACGAAGAUGAGAUUGCUAUUAUCGGGAAUUAUCAGCAAAAAAACCAAAGGGUUAUAUACAAUACCAAAGACUCCAAGCUGGGAUUUGCAAAAGAAUCAUGCAGUUUUACGUAAGCUGAAAUGUUAGAAGGAAUUAGGUUUGUUUUCGCCUGUAUUUUUUGGAAGUUAAGCCAAGCAACACGUUGGCAACAAAGUCUUCAAGCGAUAGUUCUUCUUGGUUCAUCUGAUGUAUAAAUAGGUAUUGGUACAAUUGGACAAGGUAUAGAACAUAUGCAUGUGUGCCAUUUGCGAUUUCUGAAUGUCGUUGUGUGAUAAAGUGAUUCCCUACAGCUGAGGCAGUAAGGGUUUGAACUGUAUUAUUUUUCUUUAUGAUAUAUGAUAGGACUUUUACCA